UAGUGGAUGAGUGAGAGAACCUUUAUAAUUUCUAUUUUUAUAUUGUGGGGGAAGGGGGGGGAUUUGAUUGCAUUUGCCUAAAAUUCCCCCCUCCCCUUUUGCAGAUUGCAAGAAGAGAUGCAGGGGUAAAGGGAAGAAGAAAGAAGGGGGAGACUAAAAGCUGGAAGCAGGGCGAGAGCUGGAAUCCUGGCUCGUAGGAUCAGCUUGGCCUGGGUUUGCUGCAUCUCCCCCGCUCCCCACGCGCUCAACCGCUGGGGUCUGAUCGUCCUCUCCUCCCUGCACCGCCACUGGCUGCCACCGCAUCUCCCGAGGCUUCCAAUGGUCUAAUUCGGGCAAGAUGAUGUGCGAAGUGAUGCCGACCAUUAACGAGGACAACCGACGGGGCUCUCAGUACGGGCCGGAUGACGCCAACUUUGAGCAGCUCAUGGUGAACAUGCUGAACGAGCGCGAGCGGCUGCUCGAGAGCCUGCGCGAGACGCAGGAGAGCUUGGCUGGCGCCCAGCUGCGUCUGCGCGAACUCGGGCACGAGAAGGAGUCGUUGCAGCGCCAACUCAGCAUCGCGCUGCCACAGGAAUUUGCUGUACUGACAAAAGAGCUGAACCUGUGCCGGGAGCAGUUGCUGGAGCGGGAGGAAGAGAUCGCAGAGUUGAAAGCGGAGAGGAACAACACACGACUGCUGUUGGAACAUUUGGAGUGCCUGGUGUCACGCCACGAGCGUUCUCUCAGGAUGACGGUGGUGAAGCGUCAAGCACAGUCUCCUGCUGGCGUCUCCAGUGAGGUUGAGGUGCUCAAAGCCUUGAAGUCGCUCUUUGAACACCAUAAAGCUUUAGAUGAAAAGGUGAGGGAGAGGCUGCGAGUGGCUUUGGAGAGAGUCUCGAUACUGGAAGAAGAGCUGGAAACGACAGCCCAGGAUAGGCUGACCAACGGCACAGCGUUGGCUGGUGAUGGUGACUCCGAGCUGAUUGAGCGGCAGAGCACCGAACUGCUCCAGAUGAAGGAGCGCCUGGCCGUGCUCUGCCGAAAGGUCGCCGAGGUCGAGGAGGAGCUGAGCACAGCGCGGAAGGACCUCAUCAAAUCUGAGGAGGUGAACGCCAAGCUUCAGCGAGAUUUGAAAGAGGCCUUAGCUCAAAGAGAGGACAUGGAAGAGAGAAUAACUACACUGGAGAAACGCUACCUCAGUGCACAGCGAGAAGCUACAUCACUUCACGAUGCCAAUGAUAAACUGGAGAAUGAGUUGGCCAGUAAGGAGUCCCUCCUCAAGCAGAGUGAGGAGAAGAGUCGGCAGCUCCAGGAAUGGCUGGAUUCCUCUAAACAGAAGCUGCAGCAGACAAUGAGGAAAGCUGAGACUCUCCCGGAGGUGGAGGCUGAACUAGCACAGCGAGUGGCUGCUCUGAACAAGGCAGAAGAGAGGCAUGGGAACAUCGAGGAGCGGCUCUGUCAACUGGAGACAGAGCUGGAAGAGAAAAACCAGGAGCUGCAAAGGGCUCGGCAGCGGGAGAAGAUGAACGACGAGCAUAACAAGCGCCUGUCAGAGACUGUCGACAAACUCCUCUCUGAAUCCAACGAGCGGUUACAGCUUCAUCUGAAGGAGAGGAUGGCAGCAUUGGAAGAGAAGAAUGCACUAAGUCAGGAGCUCUCAAACAUCAAAAAGGUGCAGGAGGAAGUGCUACUCAACAAGGAGCAGUUGAUGGCGGAGGUGGAGAGGAUGCAGACAGAACUGGAGCAGUUGAGAGCAAAGACGGGCAUUCGAGAUGCUUACUCAAGGUCACUCCCAGGGAGCGCAUCAGAGCUCAGAUACUCUCACAGUUCCGGCAUUCCUGUGGGCAGUCACAUGGACAUCUAUAGCACCACAGGGGUCCUUCGAAGACCCAACAAAGGACGCUGGGCAGCACUGAAGGAUGACCCCUCAAAGGUACAGACGUUGAAUGAACAGGAAUGGGAACGUGCCCAACAGGCGAACGUGCUGGCCAACGUCGCCCAAGCAUUUGAGAGUGAUGUGGACGGCUCGGACAUGGAGGAUGACGACCGUGAGACGAUGUUCAGCUCGGCCGAUGUCCUGUCGCCAAGUGGACAGACUGAUGUCCAGACCCUUGCUCUAAUGCUUCAGGAACAGUUGGAGGCCAUCAAUAAGGAAAUAAGGAUGAUCCAGGAAGAGAAGGAGACGACUGAACUGAGAGCAGAAGAGAUUGAGAGCCGGGUGGGCAGUGGCACGCUGGAGGGGCCGCAAUCAGGCCGGUAUCGCUCAGCCCCCACCCUCCCGCACUCUGUCACUGCCUCCACCCUGGCCAGUCCCUCACCCCCAAACAGCGGGCACUCCACCCCUAGGCUAACACCACACAGUCCUGCCCGAGAGUCUGAUCGGCUCAGUGUGGGUAAUGCGAACUCCCUCAGCCGAGAGGACUCCCGAGAAGACAAACCCACCAUCCAGUGCGAGACGUCCCCCCCUCCAACCCCCCGGGCUGUCCGGCUGGAACGGGUCAGCCAGGCCCUGCAGGCCAGUGCUCUGGAAGACAAUCGGGAAGUCCGCAAUUUGUCAGGUCUUCAAGAUGGCCUUGGGAGCAGCAGCAGUAACAGCAGCCAAGACUCACUAAACAAAGUCCCCAAGAAGAAGAGCAUCAAGUCAUCCAUUGGCCGGCUGUUUGGCAAAAAAGAGAAAGGACGAAUUGGACAUGGUGUCCGGGAGCCAUCUUCACAAGCUGGAACGCCAGAUACAGAGGUGUCUUCUCAAGACCCCAUGGGACUCUCAAAAUUGGGUGGACCAGUGGACAAGGACCGGAGAAAUAAGAAAAAGCACGAACUGUUGGAGGAGGCGUGUCGUCAGGGUCUCCCAUUUGCUUCCUGGGAUGGUCCCACUGUCGUGGCUUGGCUCGAGCUAUGGGUUGGGAUGCCCGCAUGGUAUGUGGCAGCUUGUCGUGCCAAUGUGAAGAGUGGAGCCAUCAUGUCAGCUUUGUCUGACACGGAGAUCCAACGCGAAAUUGGAAUCAGCAACCCCCUGCACCGAUUGAAGCUGCGAUUGGCCAUCCAGGAAAUGGUGUCACUAACCAGUCCAUCAGCACCCACCAUCUCUCGAAUGAACACGGGCAACGUCUGGGUAACGCACGAGGAGAUGGAAACCCUGACAACAUCGACAAAGACGAUCUUGGCGUAUGGUGACAUGAACCAUGAGUGGGUGGGGAAUGAUUGGCUGCCCAGUCUCGGACUCCCGCAGUAUCGGAGUUACUUCAUGGAGUCGCUGGUCGAUGCCCGCAUGUUGGACCAUCUGACCAAGAAGGAAUUGCGAGGCCAACUGAAGAUGGUUGACAGUUUUCACAGAAUCAGUCUCCACUAUGGCAUCAUGUGUCUGAAACGGCUGAACUACAACAAAAAGGAGCUAGAGAGCAAGAGGGAGGGGAGUCUCAUUCAGCUGAAAGAUGUGAUGGUGUGGACAAAUGAUCGCAUGAUGGGCUGGGUGCAGGACAUUGGGCUGAAGGAGUACAGCAGUAACUUACAGGAGAGUGGGGUCCACGGGGCACUCAUUGCGCUGGAUGACACCUUCGAUCAUAAUGAUGUUGCCUUACUCCUGCAGAUCCCAAUGCAGAACACGCAGGCACGUCAGAUAUUGGAAAAUGAAUUCAAAAACCUGCUGCUUCAAGGAACUGAUCGCCGGCAAGAGGAGGAUGACACCAAGAACUUCAGCCGGGCGCCCUCAUGGCGCAAGCGUUUUCGGGCGAAGGAGAUGCGUGACAUGACCUCAGAUACGUCUGAAACUCUGCCAGCCAACUUCCGGGUGACUGCAGCCGCCAUCGCAUCGCAGAACGUGCAGCUGCGGAAGGUGCAGCCAGACAGUAACCCCUCAGGGACUCCGCGAGCUGACACACCAUCAAUCCGGACGUACUCGUGCUAGCAUCACUCAGCAAAUCUCGAGGGGAUUGUGAUGAGUCGCUGUCGUCGUGCAGUUUAUUGUGGCUAGAAGAAUUGAAGAACCAGUAUGAGAAAUAUCACAGAACUGACCCGACUGUUAUAAGGGCAAGAGACCCUCCCCAUCCACCGCUGUCUCCUCUCACCCUCUACCCUAGUGUUGCACCCAAGAAGAGUGGGCGAGAAGCUGGAGAGAUUGUUUCAUUCCUCCAGUGAUGCUGUUUUCAUCUUGUGUCACUCCGUGGACUCCACAUCUGAGGUCAAUCACCCACUGCCACUCUCCCCACCACUUCCUCCAGACUGUUAGUGGGACUGAGCCACAGUACUGGCUCGAGGCCUGUGGGUGACCCAGGGGCACAUAGCAGGAAAAGCUAUGACGCGACUUUAAGGUAUUGUCCUGUUUUGGGUCCUGGAUGUAAAUAUACCGAUCAGCCUGCCCUGCCCUCCCACAGCCACUGUUUCUUCCCAUCCCUCCCACAAAGUGGUGGGACUUUUUUUUCUUGUGAGUGAGAGCUCCCAAAACUGUUUCUGUGCCGGAGAAAGUUGCCUUUGAGAAGUUUUUAUGAUUUAUUUUAAAAUCCAGCUGCUCCUUCUGCGCUUGCACUUUGGCUUCUGCAUCCCCCACCAACCUCCCAUCCAGCUUCAACCUGUUCAUGCUGCACAGCACAGUGUUCCAUCUACACACACUCACACACUCACACACACACACACACACACACACACACUGUUUGAUUCAGAGAUUAUUGUCUCGGCAACAGGCUCAGGGGCACAAACAGACAAUUUGUCAGAGACUGAGCUUUUUAUGGGACAUUGCUGUCCCUGUCAAGGAGAGUUUGAUGGGGAAAAUGUAGAGGUAGCUUUACUCUGUAACUAACCCUGUGCUGUCUGUGUCCUGGGAGUGUUUGAUGGGGACAGUAUCAAGGGACAAUUAAUUUCUGUUUAAAAGAGUAGAGGCAGCUUUACUCUGUAUCUAACCCUGUCCUGUCCCAGUCCCAUGAAUAUUUGAUGGGGGAAAGUAUCGAGGGAGCUUUAUUCUGUAUCUAACCCGGGUCUGUUCCUGUCUUAUGAUUAUGUGAUGGGGAUGGUGUAGAGGAAGCUUUACUCUGUAUCUAGUCCUGGUCUCUCCCUGUUCUGUGAGCGUUUGAUGGGGACAGUGUAGAGGGAGCUUUACUCUAUAUCUAACAAAUUCUUUAGCUGUUUGUCUCUCUGUCUCUCUCUCUGUGUCAUUUCUCUCCUGAAAGGGGGAGACCCUGUCCUGAGCCCUGAGAGUCAUGAGUGUCUGCAUCAUUGUGCGUGACAGUGAAUGCUGAUGUUAAAGCUGUCAGAGAGAGAUGGAGGAAGAACCUUCAAGGCUGCUGUAGCUCUGGGCUGAGGCCUGAAGCCUUCAGUUGUCCAGAAGGAGCUGCGAAAAGGAUAGCUUUUGCAGGACCUUUCAGAUGAAGCAGUUUGGCCUGUGCCUCUCUGUCCUCCUUAACUGCAAUUUACAGGCUGACCAUUGGCCUUCUCCAGCCCAGGCUACUGGGUUUACCUGGUGACAGGAUCCUGUAAGGACUGCAGAGGUUUUUUUUGGGGGGAGAGGGGGUGUGUGAGCGUGGGACGUUUUACUGCUAUGUUAAUAUAGCUCUUUUUUUCAGAGUUGUGUUUGCUCUCCAGGCCCCGGUUUUCCUUCCAUUUUGAUGCCCCACCCCACACACACACAGACGGCACAUCCCUCCUAAGUUUCCUCAAUAGCUAAUGAUGCGCUUUUUUUUGAUUAUUAUAAUGUCAAAAUUUGGAAGCAAGCAGCAAGACACUGUUGGGUUUCAGGGGUGGGGGAAGUUAGAGGGCAUUUCACAGGGAGCACUUGCUGGAGCCAUUGAGGCUGGUGGGGAGGGCCAAGUCAUGUUUGUGCAGAGGUGAUGGUGGAGGGAAGGUUCCAGAUGAAGUGGAGUAGACUUCAAUCACUGGUUCCACACCAAGUCAUGUCCAACUCCUGCCCAAAGUCAUGUCAGUGACUAGACGGCUCCAGGCCUGGGAUCACCCUGUGCAGCUCUGCACCCCAAUUCUCCUGGGAUGAUGUAUGUCCAGGUCUGUCAGAGCUUCCCUAUCCCCCUCUGUACUGAUACCUGUCCAUCACUGCAUCAGCUGAUGCUCACCUCACCAACUCCCACAUCCUGCCUCCAUCCCCAGGACCCCCUCUUGUUAAAAUUCCAUCUCCACUCUGAUACUGAGGUACUCCUUCUCUGAAAUAUGGUCUGUUCAGUCCUUAUUGAAAAUGUAAAUUAAGCUUUGCUGUCAAUGCAUUGAUUGCUGUUAAGCCCUGAGGUGUUUUUUUUGUAAAUGGAUGUUUACUGUAUUUAUUUAACUCGUGUAAUGUUCUGUCAUUGGUCUGGAACAUUCUUUGAGAUUUACUUGCUCAUUUUUACUUAUAAUGACUGACGAGGAAAGGAAUCUCCCUUUUUUAUAUUGUCCCAAACUCGCUCCAUCGUCUCGUCUGUUAUUAUUAAUUUAUUCGUGCUCUGCGCGUUUCCAGGUGAGUGUAUUUAAUGUAUUUACAUAAAGGU